AUGGACCAUGUCAACCAUACCUGGAUCCAGACAUUUGUUCUUGUUGGUUUCACUAUCUCUGGAACCCUAGGAUCUCUUGCUUUCCUGGGGACGCUCUGUAUUUAUCUCUUCACCCUUGCAGGGAACAUGUUCAUCAUUGUCCUGGUUAAGACAGAUUCUGGACUCUCCACACCCAUGUACUUCUUCAUCAGUGUCCUGUCCUUCCUGGAGCUCUGGUACGUCAGCACCACGGUGCCCACCCUGCUCUCCAACUUGCUCCAUGGGAGUUUACUCAUCUCAUCAGCCUUGUGUUUCACACAGCUGUAUGUUUUUCAUUCACUGGGACUCACUGAGUGUUACCUUUUGUGUACCAUGGCAGUGGACCGUUACCUUGCCAUCUGUCGCCCACUCCACUACCAUGGACUCAUGAGCAGACAGGUACAGCAAUGGUUAGCAGGGGCCACUUGGUUGGCUGGCUUCUCAGCUGCACUUGUGCCAGCUAUCCUGACUGCCACUCUGCCUUACUGCUUGAGAGAAGUAUCACAUUACUUCUGUGAUCUGGCCCCUCUAAUGCAUUUAUCGUGUGUAGACACAGACUGGCGUAUUCAGGUUUUUACUGUGAUGGUUGGCUUGAUCAACACCUGCAAUGCUGUUAUCAUAUUAGGGCUGUACGGAGGCAUUUUGAAAGCUGUACUGAAGCUGCCAUCAGCUGCCAGUCGUGCCAAAGCUUUCUCUACCUGUUCCUCCCACAUAAUAGUUGUCACUCUGUUUUACAGCUCUGCUUGGAUUGUGUAUGUGGGCCCACCUGUGAUGCACUCUGAGGACAGAGACAAGUUUAUUGCUCUUGUUUAUGCUUUUCUUACCCCUUUUCUCAAUCCUAUUAUUUAUACCCUUCGUAACAGGGAGGUGAAGGAGGCUGUUAGAAGGGUCACCCAAAGAAUUAGGGGUGAACUGAAGAAACCGUGA